CUCAUUUUGGUAAAGUUAUUGAUUGUCCAACUCGACUUCCUCCAUGUCGGAAUCCACUCUCAAACUGCGGCGUAAACGGCGGGUGAAAAGCCAUCUCCAGGCCAAAAUGGAGGCUCUCACGGAAAGCUUGGAUGCUUAUCUCCUCCAUUCCGGACACGUCGGCGAUGACAUCGACUUCUCAAUUGACGAGUGGGUUGCCAUGAAACGUUUCCUCGACCCACAUGAGAGUACCGAUUACCUCUAUGAUACCCUCGAUUGGCCCAGCGAACAGUACACACGCGCCGAAUUCCAUUCCAUCACUCGAAAAAUGGAUCUUGACGAGUAUUUCGAGUUGGCAACGUGUCUCAGCGAAGAUGAGAUGAACGCAUUCGCCGACUACAGUCCGCUCGAUCAUGGCGUGCGCAACGAUGAACCCGAUGAUUCGGCCCUUGAUUGGAUCACCUACAGCACCCGAUAUUCUAACGCAGACACGUCCGACGAAAAAAUGGCAAAAGCCUUGAUUAGCAGACUGUACGAGUUCCACCAACCAAAGGAUAUGGGCAUAAGGCAAUUUGAACGAAUCGUGCGUAAGCUACCGCGAGACGAUGUUAAGGAACUCAUGGCAGCCAUGACAGAAGAUCCAUCGGCUUCUCCGUACAUUUGUCGGCAAGAGGUGGAGAAGGUAAUUCGUGAAGAGCUCAAAGGACAGCAAGGCAAUGCUUGGACACAGAUGCAGCGGGAGUUUGAUCGCGCCUUCAACAUCCUGGGCAAGGUUAAAGACUGCACAGCUACUAUGGUCAAAAUGCGUUUGAUUCCAUCCUCUCCUUCUGCUGACCCACCCCAUGCGAACGCCCCCAGUGUACCUCCGGUCAACAAGAACCAUGUCAUCUCCAAAUCCGAACCUCAAAUCCACACUGAUGAUGACUCGGGAAUUGGUACUGAGGAGAGCUCAGAAGGCGAGAGUUCGGAUGCAACCAGCUCAGAGUCAAACAGUUCAGACUCGGGUUCAGACACCAGCUCAGAGCAAAGUUCGUCAAAGUCGAUUGAUUCAGUCCCUGAUAGCCCUACUCGUGCUGCCCCAUCCCGAAAGCGUGUCCUCAAACAGCCUUUACCACCACCCGAACCACUUCCGAAAGAAGGGAAGAAGCGAAUGCGCGGGUCUAUAUCAGAUACACCCCCCGGGGUCGAUGGAGGUCCACAGUCGGAGAUGAAGGAGGCAAAGAAAGUUAAAGCCACCGACACAGCCAACGCAUUAGUCGCAACUACGACAACUAUUCUUACGAAACGCAACAAGAAGUCUCAGAACGUAUAUCUGACUAGCAAGUACUUCAGCCAGCCCUCGGUUGACGCGGAUACACUUUCGCCGCAGCGACCAAAGAGUAGAAAGAAAGCUGGAAGCAAGCGAAAAAGCUCUGUUAGACUCCAAUCCCCCCCAAAUGGGCCCAGCAGCGACAAUGCAAUCUCGAAUACUACGGAUAACACCGAGAACCCCAACAUGUUCUCAAGACUCUCCCCCGCACCCAAUGUUAAGGCGGCUACACCUACCCGUCAUCGCCCUGAGAUAUCAAUCGCUACCGCUGGCCCCAAGAAAACCUUCAGUGCUCUGUCCAUCUCACGGGGAAACCCACGAGCAUCUGCGGAGAACGAACCAGACGACAGCAUGAUCAAACCGGUCAAGCGUGAGAUGAUUGAGGCUAACCCUCUUCCUUCCACACCUAAAUUUCCGACUCAACCAACGAAAUCAGCCCAUCCGCAGACAGAAAAACGCGUGUCGGAGCAACCGAAAGCAAGAAAGGCCCGUCAUUCGGAUACUAGUACGCUUGCAAAGGACUACCGCGAUCCCUCGCUGUUUUCCUUGCCGCCCCAGAGCCCAUCCAAGUCACACCAAACCUCGUUCUCCUUCAUUGAUCCGAGUCGGCCGAAGCCGCCCAUCUUCGACCCUUGGUCGAGUUUUCAGCGGCCGAUGAAGCAUUGAACUUGAACAGUAUCACUGCUGAGGCUACUGGGACAAUAGAAACCACGGGGAUGGAGGAUGAUGGUUCAACAUCAUGUACGCUCACCAUCGUGUCUCUACCUCCGCAA